CAGGCUUCUCGCUCCGCGGAUCGACACGUGAAGCCCGAGCGAAACGAAACUGAACCAGUAGCGACGAAAAGGGGAUUAUUAUUUGCGUGUAUGUGUGUGUGUGUGUGUGUGUGUGUGUGUGAGGAGGGGGGGGGGGGGGGCUCUAGUUGAAAAACGCGACGGGACACGGAAGCUAGACGAUGAACCUCGGCGGUGAUUCCAGGCGGAGAUGAUCGCUUCGAAGCUUCUCCGAAAACACUCGCCCGUGAUUCGUAGCAGCGUGCGCGGACUCCUCCGAGCCUCCGCUAUGGAUUGAUCGACGAUCGGCCUCUUUUGCGCUCGUUUUUUUUCUCCCCCCCUUCCUCAUCUCAGCACUCCUGCCCCGGCAUGCUGUCACACUGACCGCGGCCAAAGAGCGUGCGUGUGGCCUUAGUUGACGAUCCAUGAUGAUUCGUGUUGACGGACCACUCUGAGCUCCAGCCGCCGUUGUAGAAUCCCUUGAUGAAGACCAGGGGCAGAGUUUCCGCUCCAGGACGAGACCAUGGUGAAAGCUCAGCGACACCAGCCAGUGAAAGAUGGGAAGCGAGGUAAAGAAAAGGGAGGCGGGCUGAGAAAAAGCAAGGAUAGAACAAAGGAAGUGAGGAGAAAGAGGAAGAAAGAGUCGCACACAUGUUCGAAGAAGACAUUGGCAGGUAAAGUUGGAGAUACGCUGGAUUGUUGUGUCCUGCUGACGCGUUUGGAGGAGAAAGGAGCUGCGGGUAAGCAGAAGAAUGUGCAGAAAGCCUGCAAGAAACCAAGUGUUAAGGCGAAUAAGAAACCACUAUCUUCUCAAAGCAGGACCAAAACUCAUAAAUCUCAUAAAAAGUUAAAGAAAUCUGCUUGUCAACAAGCACUGGAACCAAAAAGUUGCCAAUCUGACACCUCACUCAUGUGGCCCCCGCUCGUUCCUGAGCCUCGCAGGAGAAGAAUGGCUUCUCUCAACGCAGAGGCUGUCAACAGCCUGCUGCUCUACAGGGCCGAUCCCUUGGCGUCCAAUCUCGUUAAGAAAGAGCAAUCUUCAACUGAAGCGCCAUCUAAAGGUGAAAGUAGAGCUCAUAAAGCCAAAAAGGUUCUUCGAGAAGGCAAAACAGACCUGAAGGAAAGUCGUAAAAAACAGAAGCGGUCCACAGCGGAGGCGCCGCCAGUCGACUGGUUGACUUUGUUUGCGCCGACCCCUCGGCGUCAGGCGGGGCUCACCGCUGCUACGCUGCUCAAACUCACCGGUUCCCUCUACGGAAGCAAGCGGCAAAAAAAGCAGGAGUCCAAGCCUGCCAGCGAAAGCAAAGCUAAGGCUUUAACUCAGGUUGAGAUUAGCGGUAAGCCUUUAAGUGGAGCAACACUGCAGACCAAAAGAAGAACAAAUCCAAAACACAAUGAGCAGCUAAAGCACAUUAAACAGGGUAAGGAGGAUCUGGGCUCUCCGGCCCAAGGAUUCUGUAGUCUUUGUAAAACGGAGGCUUUGGAUCCCGAAUGGAAGUCUGGUAGACAGGAUUGUUUAAAAAAUCCACUCCACUGCAGCUCCAUGCUGGGAUUCUCCUUAAAAACAAUCAAAGAGGAGCAGGAGGAGACGGACGUCUCCUCCUGCUACUGCUGUAGCCAGGAGAGAUGUGUGGAGUACUGUCACAGACUGGCCCUCUUCCUCAAGGACAAGGCCGUCAAGGAGCCCGACGACGAAGGCUCACUCUCAGAAGUGUUCCACCACCAUCACCACCACCUCCACCAUCACCACCUCCACCACCCGGCAGCCAUAACCAUUACGCCGCACGCGUACACCUGCUUCCCCAGCUAUUGCGUCCACUUCAGCCACCCGGACACCUCGCCGUCCUCCAUGACACCCGUCGCUCUGUGUCCAAAGAGCAGCAAGAGACCCAAACUGCUGCCCAGCUCUGGCCCGCAAUCCUCAGGAAUUUCCCAUCCAGUCUACUGCUGCACCUCUGUGGAAGCGUGCUAUGGAGAGCCCUGCAGGAUCAAUGGCUAUACCACCUACAGUAGUGUGAUUCCGGCCAUUGCCAGAGGAGGGUGCACCAAAUGCACCCGUGGCAUCAACAGAGACGACUACUCAUCAACGCUCAAGGACCACCACAACCCGUCCUCCAUCCCCAUCUGCCCCAGUCCGACAACCCUCACUGGCUGCCCCAUUCCCGCAGUGCCUCCAGCCGCCCAAUCAGUGCCCCCUGUUCAGACGCCACUGUCCGACCCCAGCCAACCGCAGCCCUCGCUGCAGGUGGCCAAGGAUUGUCCGCAGAGCGCCAAGCCUCCCAGCGGGUCCCGGUCUGGCGCCCGCAGCACAGGCAGCUUUAGUUCAACUGUGUUCCCACUCAAAAAGGAAAAGAAGCAAAAGCUGGGCUCUGCCAGCGCCAGAGGGCAAACGCUUGCCAAGCAGCCCAAGAACGGACGCCAAAAAAGCACCAACGGCUGGCGGCCCGUCGGCCUCCCCUUUGAAAAAGAAGUUUUCUCUCUGGGAGAGGAAGCUCUGGUGCCGAGGAAGUGUUUCCAGGGAGUCCAGAGGGACGGAGAGCUGAUCCGGGUCAGGGACACGGUUCUGCUGAAGUCUGGGCCGAGGAAAAAGUCUCUUCCUUACGUUGCAAAGAUCUCUGCGCUGUGGGAGGAGCCUGAGACAGGAGAGUUGAUGAUGAGUUUGUUUUGGUACUACCGUCCAGAACACACACAAGGGGGGCGCGACCUUAAUGUGCAUUGUCAGAAUGAGAUCUUUGCGUCCCGUCACCAGGAUGUGAACAGCGUGGCCUGUAUUGAAGACAAAUGCUAUGUCCUGACACUGGCACAGUAUUGUCGAUUUUGUGCCUUGGUAAAACGCCGAGGGGACGGCGUACCCGACAGUGCCGCCUUCCUCCUGGUACCCCCUGUCGUCGGCCACGCCGCACCCAGCCACCGCUGCGUGCCGGACGACAUGGACCCAGAACUGGUGUUUUUCUGUCGCCAUGUCUACGACUUCCGCUACGGACGGCUCCUCAAGAACCUGCAGUAGCGCCGGGCGAACGACAGAAUGACACAGAGACGUGAGAUAAGGUGGUUUCAUCCGCCUCUCCUUAAAUGAGCUCCGAGCCCCGCUGCCUGCGAAAGGGAGGGCCUGGAGGUUUGAGGAUGAAGGAACGUGAGAUUAGUUUCUCUUUGAAAUUUCACAAUGACAUGGCACACACUUGUGAAGUAAGCGUUAAGGUCUGAUACGUUGCAUCGAAGCGAUAAUAGCUGUCGAAAUGGUUUUAAUCAUACACUGCUUCCUGUCUUGAGUGCGCUAUAUGUGGAACGUUCUCCUGCAGGUCUUAGAAGUGUGCCAUUUGAUGGAUUUGAAGGAGCUUAUAUGUGACUAAUGGAACUAUCUGCCUAUCACUCGCACACAGAUGCAACAUCAGAGGCCUUUACUUCCGUCAUAGCUCUUUAAAGGAGAUUUCUUACUGUGAAUGUAGGACUUUAACUGUCCUGCAAUCAUAUAACGAUCACACUGAAAAAGAUGGGGGGAGAGAGAGAGAGAGAGAGACAUAAUUUUUUUUAUAAUAGAAGGGGGAAAAAAAUCUAACAAACUCUGUUAAUUAUUUCCUUAAAAUGCAACACAGCAGUUUCUUUAAUCAUGGAUGGCGAACAUACCUGGUGGCCAAUGGAAACACUUGGAAAAAGUAUAUACAUAAAUGACCUAAUUAAACCUAAAACUGAAAUAAUGGACAUAACAAGCCAUAUUAAUAAGUUGGAUUGUUAAAAUUUUCAAAUGUCCAAAAGUGGACAUUCAGGGUUGUCAUAGCACAGAAACUAAAUGCUAACUUAGCUUAGCAAGAAAAAAGUGUUUCGUACAAAAUUGUCUAAAAAUUGACUAACUUAGCUUAGCAUCUGAAACCAAAUUUAGCACAAUUCCCUGAAUACAGAUAUUACAUUAAUUCAUGUGUGGCAGACACUUCUGGCGACCAAUGGCGAUACUCGGAAAAAGUAUAAAUAUUAAUGACGUAACAAUAUCUAAAACUGUGAUUUAAUUUAACAUCUCAAAUUAAUAAUAAGUUGUUGGGACAUGCAGCGUCAUAGUUUAUUGAAAAUUACAAAUUAUUCAAAAGUGGACUCACAGGGUUGUAGCAAAGCAACCAAAUGCUAAGUUAGCUUAGCAUAAGGGAUGUAAGGAACAAGGAAAAAACUGUUUUUAUACUAAAUUGACACUUGGACUUGCAGGGUUUUUAUAGACAACAUCGUAACUUAGUUUAGCAUCUGAAACCAAAUCUAACAAAAUAGCGAUCUACUCAAUUGUAAAGUAUUUUCUUAAAACUCAACACAAAAACUAUUAAAUAACAGAUUUCUUACAUAGUAUUUGUCAGACACAUCUGGUGGCCAAUGGUGAUGCUUUUUUUUGGGGGGGGGGGGGGGGGGGGGGGAUAUGUGAACAAACAUGAUGAAGUACCAGAAAUGUGAAUCUAUUUGUAGUCAUUGCUGUAUGUUGUACACGUACGUGCGCUUUAAUGUUUUGACAUGGUGAAGCGGACAUCACAUUUGAUGGACGGCCAAUGGAGAUAAUUGUUUAACAACUAAUACUAAUUAAUGAUGUCACAAAUCACAUUAAUAAGUCGUUCCCUAUGCAGUGUCAAAUUUUGUUAAAAUUUCCUAAUCCAAUUCGAAAGUGGACUAAAUUGUCAUAGCACAAGUACCAUAUAUAUAGCUAAUGGAAAAUAAUAUUUAAAUAAACUGUAAUUAAUGAUUAAACAAUAAUGAAUUAAUCAUUAAAUCAUUUAGCUACACUUUAUCACAUUUUAAUAAACAGCCAAAAUCAUCAGAAAGUGGACAUGCGGGAUUGUAAAGAUAAUACAGAUGAUAUGUUAACUUUAGCUCAGCAUCUAAAACUGAAACUUUGCUUAAAAUGGUAAAUGCGCUGCUCUUCUCCCUAAAAAAUAAAAUCAAGAUUUCAGGAUGGAAAAAAAAAGCAACACAAUAGAUAUAAUAUAGCAAAGAUUUUGGACUUUGUAGUUGGUGAACACAUCUGUCAACUAAUGGAGAUAUUUGGUUAAAAAAAAGUGAGAAAUUAUUAAAUUUGACCUAAAGAUGUAAUUAAUGAUGUCAUGACAAAAAAAUUAUAAUUUUUAAAAAGAAAUUAUUGACAAGUCAAAAUCAUUAGAGGGUGUAUUUACCGGGUUAUAAUAAUACAGUGAUGAUAUUUUAACUUAGCUAAACAUCUAAAACUGCAACACAGUUGAAAAUGCCAAAAAAAAAUGGUUGGUUUGUUUAAAAAAACAAAUAUACAUAUUUUUUUUUUUUAAAUCACCAGAAACAGUUUUGAAGAAUUUCUUUAAAACGCAAAUCUUUAAAGAACAGCUUUUGGACUAAUAUAGAUAUUUGCUGUAAUGAUAACAAAUAUGAAUUUAAUGAAAUUAAUAAAUGUCUUCUUCAGUCACUGAGUUAAGCAGCAUUGACAGGAUAUGAAGAAUACGGAGAAUUACAAUAUCUUGGCAAAUGUUAGAAUCAUUACAAAGUAGGUUUACAGGCACAGAGACAAUUCGCUAACUUGGCAUCGAAAACUGAAACCAGGCUCAAUAAAGUACCUUCAAAGAAGCCAUUGAUAAUAAUACUGAUGAAGUAUUUUCAUGUACAGGUGUUCAUUCAUGUUAAAAAAACAAAACAAACAAAAAAAAGGUUCCAUGUCACAUUUUUAAGUGACCUCGGAAGAGAUUUUCCACUGUGUGACGCACACGUGCGCUCAAAAAAAAAAAAAAAAAAGUCCAAUUGAGUUGAAUUGCAGGAUGGAAAAAGCAUACCUUGUAGCUUGUGAAAAGGCUGACUGUGUAUUUACAUCUUAUCUACGUUGACGUCCGACUGCAGACGGCGUCAGUUAGUCACUAUAUAUUCUUAUUCUCCACGCGCAGAGUCAACAUGUAUUCGGUAGAAUGGUAGGUAGCAUUUAGGUGACCUGAUCGCUGAUUCAUUCCUCUACGUUUGAGAGAAGAUAACCUAUUUUAUUUAUUAGAGAGAGAGAAUAAAAAUCUAAUUUAUUUUCCAGAGGUCAUUUUAAAAGAAGACUUUUUAGACGAGAAGAAAUCUCAAGUUGCCUCGCUUUUUAGCUGCACUGUCCAAGACAUAUUUGCAAUAUAUACGCUACUCAGAACAACUUCGGGAUAUUCGGCUUUAGGGUGUCCUUUCAUACUGAACGUUCAACAGUUGCAUAUGUGCAUUCAAACAUUUCAGAUUAAGUUAAGAUGUAAAGGUUAUAGCGCAUUUUAGGUUUAUCUUGAAGUUUCACCCGAAGGCCGAAUAGUCCAAACUUUUUGUGAGUCGUGUAUAUAUACACCCUAGUCUAUGUGUGACUGACUGACUGACUGCUUGAGCUUGUUUGCUCGAUCAGAGCCAUUUCAAUUCAUUGUUGUGGCGAAUUACUGAAGGCAGUUUAAAGUACAUAUGGAACAUCCCCAGACAUUUAUUUGGAAAGGUAAUGAGGCUUGACGCAGCUCAUUCAUGGGAUCUUAACAAAAAGAUUUGGGAUAAGACGCCCGUAUCCGAAAUGUGCAGAUUAACAGUCAUUGAAGCUAACUUAGUUUGAUAAUUUUGCGUAACGGACAUGAGAGCUGUGUCCAAAAUAUCGCAACAGAAAUGAUAAAUCUCACCAAUUAAAAUCCCAAUGCAGAAAUAAUAGAAUAAUUUCUUCCCUGGGUGCACUUGUUUUACACAAAUGUUUGAAAAUUACAACUUUGCUUCCAGCCAAUGUUAAUAUCAAAGUUUUAGUCAUCUGCCCCAGGAAACACACGUCACAAAAAAAGGAAAAAAAUAUGCUUUGGGUUUGAGCACAAAUGCCAGAUUUGGGGGGGGGGGGUCUUUUUUUUUUUGUAUUAUUAUUCAAAUAAAUCACGAAUUUGGGAGAUGCAUGCUUUUUAUUGGACAAAUAUGAAGAAGUCUUUAAUGUAUUAUAGUUUGGCCUGUUUAGCAAAUACGUGCAAAAACUCCUUUGUUUUUGUUUUGAUGUAUAUGAAAAUACUAUUUUUCACUUCUCAUUCUAAUUUUAAUGCAUUAACAUUUUUUACUACUAGACACCUGCCUAAUAAUCAACCUGUUUCAGAAAAUAAUUUGCCUAAACCAGUUGGAAAUGAAAACAAAAGGUUUUUUUUUCAGAAAUAGAAUUUAUGAUGCAAAUUUUAAUAUCUAAAAGGAAUUUCCCUUUUUUUUUUCUGUUUUUUUUUUUUUUUUUUUUUGUUUUUUUUGGGCGGGUGGGACAAAAAUGCAAUAUUUUACCUUUUUUUGGUUUGUGUAAUGGUGUAGUUCUUGGCUUGCACAAACCUCAUUUGGACGUUCCUUCUUGAGGAAAGUGGCCCAUAUUUCGUAUAGGAUGGAGUGCUUAACUUUUCGUAUGAUUUCCUACUAAAUUCUGGUGAGCACAUGCAAUUGGUGUGAUUUGAUAUGAAUGACAAGCAAUGGAUGGAUGAAGAAAGACUGCUUUGCUUAAGCGCCAAUGAAUUGAUGAAAAUCCUAUUGGGUGUUCUUAAAUUAUCUUAAAUUACAGUAGAGUGCAGUAUACAUGCAGUAUGGCCUUAGAAGUCGCUCAGCCCUCCUGAUGAAUCAACAUGUGUGAUACUAGAUGUCUUAAUAGGUCCUCUGUGCCUGUUCCUGUAAACCCAUAUUUAAUAAUAAAAAAAUCUAUAUAUCUAUAAAUAUAUAUUCAGAGUGUUUUUCCAAGAAGAGAAAUGUGAGCAGUUAGUUUAUUUUUUAUGUAACUUCCAAAUGCCUUUUCUGUCAUUUAAGUCAGAGGACACUGGUCUGAUGUUGAAUUGCACCCACAAAGAGAAACAAAAGGGGAGUAUAGAAAUAUGAAUUUAUGAAUAUCAUUCCUGUAGAUGUAGAAGAACGUUGAAAAUCAAAUAGCUACAUGUUGGGGGUUUUUAUUCUGGUGUGAGCUGUUUAUGUUCAUAUUCUCUUGCAUGGCAUUUUGGAAGUAUCUUGGAAAUAUUAAUCACAGCACAGUUUAUUUGUAUUGACUGAAAUGGACCUCUGUAAUAUAAGAAAAUAUUUAAUUGUAAUAAAUAAUAUGAGUUUAAAGUGAUGUGUGUGUGUGCGUGUGUGUGUGUGUGUGUGUAAUUAAUGUUUCUAUGGGCAGCCGAGUGGAUUGUAAUGUAUGUAUAUUACUAAUGAGGACAUCCUCAAUAGAAAAUGUUUGAUUUUUUUUUUAUGGUUUACCAAAGAAGUUAACUGUUGCAGUAACAGCUAUUAUCCACAAGAGGGCUCUCUAGCCAAAAGGCCAACAUCCAAUAUGAAACAAUGCUAUCCAUUCAUCCAUUUUCUAUAGCACUUGUUCUCAUUAGCGUCGUAAAUGAGCUGGAGCCUUCCUCGUCUUACUUUGGGGAAAAGGCAGACUACACCCUGAUCGCCACCUAAUCGCAGGGCACAUAUAGACAAACAACCAUUUACACUUGUAUUCACACCUAUGGAUAAUUUUGUCUUCAAGGAACCUAUCGUGCAUGUUUUUGGAAUGUGGGAGAAGUCGGAGUACCCUAAGAAAACCCACGCAAGCAUGGUGAGAACAUCCAACCUCCACGAGUUGAACCCCUACACUAUCAGUGACCUAAAGACAAAAAUUCCCCCGUUUUGAGGGGGCAGUCCUGUCCCAUGCAAAUAAGCCACUGCUUAUACCGCCUCCCCUACAGUGGGGCUGAUACAGUGUACAGCGUCCGUUACUGUAACAACCGGGUCAGAGCUAGGGUGUUCCGAGCAGCUACUUGCAAGCCCCUGCAAAGAUGAAGUAAAAGCAUAGUUUGUAUUUUUUUUCUCACGGAAGCAGCACUCAUCACCAAGCUGCCGAAUUACACGUGUCACUGAGAGUCACAGUGCUUCUCAAACUUCUCACUCCACUGUACCCCACUGUAAUAUUAUGCAAUUUGAACAGUAACCAUGCUCUUAAAUAUAGGAAAAUAAAAACUACUUAAAUAAUGAUUCAAUUAAAAUGUGCAAUUGUAUUUUAUUUGUUACAUCUUAGCUGUACUUAGGCAGUGAUUCUUUCACAUUCCACUAGAGGGAGCCUUCAAGAAACACUGAUGUAGCGGGUCUGUGCAUGUGGCGCAUGCAGCAGACACGGCAAACAAAAAUACAGUGGAACCUCGGUUUAACAGACUAAUGGGGGCGGGGACGUCUGUUAAAUCCGAUUGUCAGUUAAAUUGAAGCACAAAAUCUCUAACUUAAAAUACCCAGUGCAAUAUAAAAUUAAUCCAUUCAUUUUCCGUACUGCUUAUCCUCACUAGGGUCGCGGGCGUGCUGGAGCCUAUCCCAGCUAUCUUCAGGUGAGAGGCGUGUACACCCUGAACUGGUCACCAGGCAAUCACAGGCCACACAUAAACAAACAACCAUUCGCACU